CAGGAGAACAGACUAGUCCGUGGUCCUCGUAGUGUUUCCAUGAAAGAUCGGCAGAAUUAUCGAGGGACGACGGACCGUGGCGGCAGCGUGGAAGGAGAGUUCUCAGGAGAGUCCAAGUUCUGUAGUCAGGUUCCGCGGAAGUCGGUUUUUGAUGAAUUGAAUGAAAUCCUGGGAUCGGAGCAGCAGCUUCCAGAGAGCAUCAUCCUGGUGAACACCUCAGACUGGCCCGGACAGUAUCUCAAAGAACAGCUGAAUGGAAAACUCCAGACUGUCUCUACCUGCUCUCCAGCUGAUGUCCAGGCUGCGUUCUGCGGUAUCAUCACCCGUAUCCAGAGAUACUGUAACUGUAACUCCUUGAUGCCUCCUCCGGUGAGAGUUGUAGUGGCCGGUGAUCAGAGUUAUCUCAGCGUUAUCCUUCGGUUCUUCGUGGAUCAGCUCGCAGGGAAGAUUCCGGAUUGGCUUGGCUACCUUCGCUUCCUGGUUGUGCCGCUCGGUCUUCAUCCUGUGGCCAAGUACCUGGCAUCGGUGGACAAUAAGUAUAAUUCCCUCUUCAUGGACGCCGCCUGGAGGGACGUGUUUAGUCAGGGGGAGCCCCCGACCUCAGGUGAGACCCUCGCUAUG